AUGUAUGCUUACACUGCAUCCGUAUCAGCAGCACAGCCAGCAGCACCACCUGGUGGUGACAAUGGCAGCAGCAGCAACUCUUCGCGACCGACACCGCCACCGCCAUGGCCAAAGCUAGUGUUGGAUUCAGGUGCCAGUAUCCACGUGGUGGGUGACGCCAGCCUCCUCUCCAACCUCCGCGACGCGCCGGCGGGGAUGAGGAUCCAGGUAGCGAACGGCAACACGUUGCCCGUCACCAAGAUCGGCGACAUACAGAUGGCAGCCGCAGGCUUCACAAUCCCAGGUGUUUACCUUGCGCCAGGGCUCACAUCAAACCUCAUCAGCGUCCGUGAGCUCACGAGGCAGAGCAGGAUCUGCACGUGGUUCGAUGGAGACCGGGCGACGCUGUACGCGGGGCCCGAGCUGGUCGGCGAAGCAGUCGCUCCACAGGAGAAUUCGUCCGGUCUCUACGUGCUGCAGUUCUUGAGCGUGCCAAAAGAAGCUGCUGCUAAUGCAUCAUCUGGUAAUGGCUUGGAUGGAGAAAUCAGAUUAGUGCCUGUUUGGUGCGGCUCCUCCUCACGCGGGAGCUUCGGCGCCACGCUUUGCUGGCUAAAAGCACUCCUCCGCGAAGCCGAUGCGGGAGCCGCAUGUUCGCAAUAG